UUAAAGCCUUCUUUUCCAUUCCAUUGUGUCGGCGUUGAAAUCCCUCGAUCGCUCCUCUCUUCUCUCUCUCCCCCGUCGUCGUCGCCGUCGUCGGGCCGCCGCCCCCGCUGCCGCUUAUCCAUCGGGAAGCAGGAAGCAUCAUAUCGUUUUGGGAUCGGCGUUGAGGAGUGUCCGGGGCCGAUGCGUGGCGUCGAAUGAGAGAAGCGAGAGGACUCGCUGAUAUCCUUGACCGUCGAGGGCCGGCGACUGGGACGAUAAUGGAUCCUGAACCCUCCCACUCCUCUGCGGAUCACAACUUCGAGUUCGCUUUCAAUUCCAGCAACUUCUCCGACCGAGUCCUCCGGAUCGAGGUCAUGGCGGAGCCGCCGGAUGCCGGUUCCAGCCAUCGCAAGCGCAGGAGGGAUGACGGACCCAAGGAAAAAGCACCAGAAUUUUCAAAAUACUGUUUGGAACUUGUAUCAAAUUGCCAGCCUGACACCCAAGAAUGUGAAGAAUAUGAGAACCAUGAUGAAGAUGAUGAACCAACCUUUGAAGAAUCUGCACCAGGUGAUGAUUCAGAAAAUAAUGAUUCCUCAAGCAUGGGAUCUCCACGGAUUCUCAGAGUUAAAUCUAUUUAUAUUAGUUCUGCUAUACUUGCUGCUAAAAGCCCAUUCUUCUAUAAGCUUUUUUCGAAUGGCAUGAAAGAAUCUGAUCUGCGACAUGCGACACUAAGAAUCAAUGAAUCAGAGGAAGCUGCUCUCAUGGAGCUCUUGAGUUUUAUGUACAGUGGAAAGCUGUCGACUACUUCUCCAACACUUCUUUUGGAUGUGCUAAUGGCUGCUGAUAAGUUUGAGGUUGUUUCAUGCAUGCGGCACUGUAGUCAGUUACUUAGAAGCUUGCCCAUGACAACAGAAUCUGCAUUGUUGUAUCUGGAUCUACCUUGCAGUGUUUCGAUGGCUUCCGCUGUCCAACCUUUGACUGAUGCUGCUAAAGAUUUCCUUGCCAAUAGUUAUAAGGACAUUAACAAGUUCCAAGAUGAAAUGAUGAGUCUUCCCCUUUCUGGCAUUGAGGCUAUUCUUUCUAGUGAUGACCUCCAAGUGGCAUCAGAAGAUGCUAUAUAUGACUUUGUUCUCAAGUGGGCACGCACACAGUACACAGUGUUGGAAGAACGACGUGAAAUCUUGAGUUCUCGCCUGCUUCACCAUAUCCGUUUUUCUCAUAUGACUUGCAGGAAACUCAGAAAAGUCCUCACAUGCAACGACCUGGAUCACGACCUUGCUUCCAAAUUAGUAACUGAAGCACUCUUCUUCAAGGCCGAGGCUCCUCACAGGCAGCGGGCCCUUGCUGCUGACGAGUUAAACCACAAGCGUUUUGUGGAGAGGGCUUACAAGUAUCGCCCACUGAAGGUGGUGGAAUUUGAUAAGCCCCACCCUCAAUGCAUUGUCUACCUGGAUCUCAAGAGGGAGGAGUGCGCCAAACUGUUUCCAUCAGGAAGGGUCUACUCUCAGGCAUUCCAUUUGGGUGGCCAGGGCUUCUUCCUCUCAGCUCAUUGCAACUUGGAUCAGCAGAGUUCAUUCCACUGCUUUGGCCUUUUCCUAGGGAUGCAAGAGAAAGGCUCCAUCAGCUUCACAGUAGAAUAUGAGUUCGCUGCAAGAACUAACCCAUCUGGAGAAUUUGUGAGCAAGUACAAAGGCUUCUACACUUUUACCGGCGGGAAGGCAGUGGGCUACCGGAACUUAUUUGGCAUACAGUGGAGUUCUUUCAUCGCCGAAGAUAGCCCCUACUUCAUCAACGGCACCCUACACUUGAGAGCUGAAUUGACCAUCAAACAGCCUCAACCACCUUUGCAAUGAUCGAAUGUUAGGGUUGAGUGAAGUUCAUGUAAAGCUGUCAAUCUUACUGUACUCGUUAAAACUCUGCAUGAAGAAGUUAUGGUUUUAUGUUAACAGUUGUGUUAGAGGAAUCUUGAAAGUCCUCUUGAUCUUGUCAUGCUGCUCCUAUUCGGUUUACAACCUUGGAACAAUUGCUGGAUGGAUGUCAUUUUAAUUUCGAACCACUGCAUAAUUCACAAUCUAUUUAGUUCA